GUGAUUCGUGAUGUCAAAACAGCUGACCGAGCCCGAGGACUGAGGUGCAUCACGUGAUUCUUAUUUACUUCACCACCAGACCAUAUAUUAUCUCAUCCUGAGAUGGAGGAGAGUGACACUGACAGCACGAAGGAUGACAGCAUGCAUGGCAUAGGCAGAGUCCCAGAUGAAGUUGGGCACCUUAUCCUCAGUGAAGAUGGAGCAGUGAUUGCUUCAGGUGGAGAACUUGAGAAUGCUGAGCAAAUGGCCAACACUGUCCUCUGCAUGCUGACUCGCAUCAACAAGGGUCAGCUAUGGCCAGGAGACUCAGGGGCCUUCAAGAAAAUCUCAAUAACCUACACGGACCACAGCUACGUCAUCUGUCUAUCCAACAAAAACAUUCACAUUGUCAAGAGGAGAUUUGUUCCACACGAGCCAAUCAAAGUGUGACCAGCUAACAAGUGUGCUCAUAUUUCUUUUUUUCUCAUGAAGAACUUGAUCUUUCAAAGCCAAGAACUGAAGUUCUACAAAUACAUUUAAUUUACUUGUGUUUGUGAUAAUUUUUUUUGUUUUUACAUUUAUUGUAAUAAAAUUCAAUACAAUUCACUUUCAAAAUAAUAUCCACAUAAAUUGUUCCUAAAAUUAACAUACAGGACAAUGUUCCAGUAGUAGGUGGUUAACUACACUGCAUGUAGAAAUCCCCAAAUACACAGAACAUUUUGAGAUUUGUCUCGUGUGCUCAUUUACAUUAUUGCUUAAAUACACAACUGUCACAUCACUCAGUCAAACUCUACCACACUAAAAAAAAUGUUAAAAAAUGUCUUCCUUUCUUAACUUAGUGAUUUUAAUGAGAAAAUGUGAAGAUGAAGUAUGAAUGAUUCAAUGUUCAGCUAAAAAUAAAUAUCAUAAGCAUAUAUGUACCUUCCUCCAUUACACUCAAAUAUAAUACUUUAAAAAUUCUGC